AUUUAUUUAAAACCGAUUUAUGAUAGAUCUAAGGCAUUUUCAAGCUGGAAAGACAUCCUCGUGUGAUCGGAAGCGAAGAAAGAAGAAAGAAAUCGCAAGGAAACGGCGAAGCAAUCAAAAUUGGCGGCAGAUGAAGCAAGAAAGAAACCGCCGAUUAGGUUCGUCCUUCCGUCGCGUCGCAGAAUAUCAUCUCCAGGUCUUGAUUCUCUCCUCAGGUUUGUUUGUGCUUUGUCACAUGGAUUCAUGGGGACUGAACUGUAUAGAAGGGAACAUGACAAACUCUCAAAGAAGAGGAUUGGAUCUAGACUUAGAUCUUAACUAUCCUAUUGCUCCACAAAUUAGGGCUCUUGACCUGUCUCUUGGUUUGUCCAUUUAUGCUAAUUCUGAAGAAGUUCAAGCUCAGGUGCAUGGAUGGUCUCACCGUCAAACUACAAAUGUCAUAGAGGUCCUUGACGAUGAAGUUGCUAUAAUCUCCCCAAGGGCCUUUUCUCGAGCUAGGGAAAAUUCUGAAAGAAACCAUUCUCAUGGGAUGCGUGAAGUAAUUGGUGAAGCUACUGGAGCUGUUACAGGAUGCACAGCUGUUACCACUUUAUGCACCAACUGCAAAAGAAGAAUACCUGAUGAUUGCGAGCCUUGCUUGAAUCCAGGAACAAGUAACAAGAAGAAGGCAAAUAAUGUUUCUUUGAUGGAAGAUGUGCUCCAGCCUGUUUCUAUGCCUGAUGAAUCUAUCUUCAGUUGCCCUGUAUGCAUGGGCCCCUUUAUUGAACCAACUGCAACAAGGUGUGGCCACAUAUUCUGUAAGGAGUGCCUCUUGAAAUCAUUAAAAUCAUUACAUAACAAAUGCCCAACCUGCAGGCAGAAGGUUGGCAAGCGAGGCAUCUUUAGGGUUUACCUUCCCACCAACAACUGAUUGAACUCUUUAUGAAGGUGCUAGUUAUUUUGGCUAGCUGCAAAAACCCUUAAUCAUUGUUUUUGUAGAUCUUACCUUUACUGAAUUAGGUUCCUUUGGAUUCGCUUUCUUUUAACGAGUAUUGCAUAGGGUGACUUGUCAUCAGCGGAAAUAGGUUGACCGAUAGUCUGGCUGACUGGUAAAUCUUUAUUCCUUGAAGGUAGGUUCUUCCAUGACUAAGGGAAAUUUAGGAACCAGGAGAAGUUCUGAUUGAAACACAAAUAAUUAACCUCAUGCCUUUAGUGGCAGAUUUAAGAUGUACUCCAUUUUGAUCAACUUUAUUAUUCUGUAUAUAAUUUAAUCGAUUACUUCCAUUUUCUCUUUCAGACUUGGAUGUGUAAGCAACUUCUGUUGCAUGAUUUCUCCUGGCAUGAUUUUAGCGAACCCUUGUACUUAAUUCCAUAAUUUUGGAAAAUCUUGUGAAGUAGUGCAGAAAGUUCUAAGCCA